AUGGAGCACAGCGAGCCGCUGGUGGUCCCUGGAUGCACCAUUCGGUGGCUCAUGGGCCUUUGGCAGCCGCAAGGCCGGGGCUCCAGCUUCCUCAGCCGACUGCGCUCCGCUAUGACGCUCAUCUGCAUCGCAUUUCUCGUGCUGUGUGUGACUCUCAAGCUGUCCGCGGACCCUCCACAGGAACUGGAGCAGCUCACACUUUGCUGCCUCGUCGUUUCUAUCUGCGUUGGAUUUUUAUGCAAGGUGGCGCUCUUCGUGGCACAGGGCAGCACGAUGCGAGAGUCUGUGAGACUGCUGGAGGACGCCAGGACACAGUUCUGCAACGGAGACAACAAUCAACUGACGCGGCAUCGCUACCAGAAGCUUUCAGACAACAUUUACUACUACUAUCAGGUGGUGGCUGUGCCGGCGGUGAUCGGAUGGGUCCUCUGCCCGCUGCUGUCCAGCAGCGUCACGAUGACCGACCAGGACCAGCAAGAGGCUCGUCGGCAGCUGCCGAUGCCCGUCUGGCUCCCAUUCGACAUCAACAAGUCGCCCACAUAUGAGUUCCUGUAUGUUGCGCAAUCUAUUUGUUCCUUGGUUACAUCUCAGUCCUGCCUCAGCGUAGACAUAUUCUUUGUUUAUAUGAUGUUGAUGGCUGCAGCCGAGUUUGAAGUUCUCAAUGACAACGUGUCUGCCAUGGAAUACACUAACAUGAAAAAAGCAAGAACCGAACCUGAGGAAUUUAUUUCCAAAUAUAAAAGAAGUGGUGGAAAUUUGGCACUGCCUCAAAAUGGCCAGGACCUUGGUGAAGAGACAUACAUAGAGAACGCCAAACACACGUGGCUUCAUCAACAAUUGCUGAAGAAUGUGCUGCACCAUCAGAAAAUCCUAAGAUCUGUGUCCCUUUUGCAGUCAGGUAUGAAUGUGUCUAUCUUCUGUCUCUUGUUCAUCAACAUGGCAAACCUGUGCUCCAGCUUGUUUGUCGCCGCCGUACUGUUGCAGAGAGAUGGAAGUGUAGGAAAAGCGCUGAAUGCACUUUCCACAAUACCAGUUCAGCUGUACGAAACUACAAUUUAUUGCAUUUACGCACACAUCUUGACCGAUCAGAGCGACAGGCUGAUGUACUCCGCCUUCAGCUGCAGCUGGAUCGACAGUGACGUUCGUUUCAAACGUAGCCUGAGUAUCUUCAUGAUGGUGACUGUGCAGCCGAUCCGUAUCACGGUGGGCAAGAUGUGCACGCUGUCCAAGCAAAUGCUGCUCCAGGUCUUGAACGGAACGUACGGCUUAUUGAAUAUGCUCUACUACCUGCAUAGAAGCAAAUGAAACGGCGCCG